AUGGAUCUCCGUCUACGAGGAGAAGCCGCUCAGGUUCUGCCCAUUGCUCUGCAGCACUGUGUGGCUGCCGCUGUCAUGUCCUCUGCAGACUCUUCGAUGCUGGCUGCAGCUUCUGUCUUUUCCUCCAACAUCUACAAGAAGAUCUUGCGACCUCAGAGGUGUGCUUCCAGAGAACUGGGAUGUGUUUCAUAUCACUCUGCAGCACUCGUCUCCUGCUCCUCCAGAAAGAUCUGA